AUGUCGACAGUUGAGAGCCCUCCAAUCGCGACAGCACCUCCAGGGCCCCAGUCCACCGAGCACUCAAACGCAGCAGCACAUGCACAGAGUGAUGCACCGUCGAGCGCACUCGGGAGAGGUAGUCAGAGUGUAGAAGUGUCGCCUGGACCCGAGACUGCACCCGCACCCACGCCCACACCAGCCCUUGACACGCCCCAAUCUCAGCCUAUGACUGCGACCGCGUCCACUUCCUCGUUACAACCACCACCCGAAAAUGGCGACAAUUCUACCUCCGGCCCUUAUGGCACUCGCUCGAGAAAUCGGACAGGAGGGAGUCGCCCAAACUACGCCGAGGAUAGGGAAUUGGAUCUCGAAAUAGAGGCAUUGUCCAAACCGAGUCGUUCGAGUAAGCGAUCUUCCGCCGCAGCGAGCGAACAACAACAGCCUUCGAGUACGAAUUUUGCCUCCGUCAACAACAUUCAGCUCGAAAAGCCCGCCGAAAUCACUCCUGCGGCCAAUGCAUCCACACCCACGCCCGCUGCGGCUCCUGCGCCUUCGAAGAAAAGAAAACAUCCCGGAAGUAGCCAUACCGUGGCCGCAACCUCAACCAUGGGAACCAAUUCGCGCGCGAGACCCGUCGCCUCGGUCCCCUUCAAGGGCUAUGUCGAAACAAACAUGAUGAGUUUCAAACGUUGUGGUUAUAGGUUGAAUGCAAAAAACCAACUGGUCGCCGACGAUGGCACCGCCGUUCAAGCCAAUGACCAUGUCUACCUCAUCUGCGAGCCUCCGGGAGAACCCUACUACCUUGCCCGAAUCAUGGAAUUCCUACACGCGAAGAACGACCCCGAAGGUCCCAUCGAUGCCAUCCGAGUCAAUUGGUACUACCGCCCAAAAGACAUUCUGCGACGAGUCCAAGAUACGCGGGUUGUCUUUGCGUCGAUGCACUCUGACACCUGUCCCCUCACCUCGAUGCGCGGAAAGUGCAACAUCCGCCAUCUCUCAGAAAUAUCGAACAUGGAUGAAUAUCGUGGCCAGCAAGAUUCGUUUUGGUUUGACAAACUGUAUGAUCGAUACAUGCACCGGUAUUACGAGGUUAUUCCAACCAGCAAGGUUGUCAAUGUGCCUCAGCAUGUCAAGACUGUUCUGGACCAACGCUGGAAAUUCGUCUUGGUGGAAAUUGGCCGCGGGCGUGAGCUCACCAGUGAGAGCAAAAAGUGUACAAAAUGUGAACAGUUUGCCAGUAACCACGACUCGGUAGACUGUGCAGUUUGCAAGCGGACAUACCACAUGCAGUGCGUCCGGCCACCACUCUUGAAAAAGCCUGCUCGAGGCUUUGCCUGGGCCUGUGCCCAUUGCAGCCGGGCACAGGAAAUCAAGAUGGACCACCGGAACACCCCCGCGGGCUCAGAAGCCGGCCAUGGGGACGACGACGAUCCCAUGGAUGAGGACGAAGAUGAUAAUCAACCCAAGAGUCGGGGCACCCGUGAGAGCAGCAUCGCACCCGAGCCUCAUCCAGCGCCCACUAAGGAACAGAUCGCCCAGGCCAAUUUGUGGCCGUGGCGCUACCUGGGUGUUCAUUCACGCGUGGAGGAUGCACUGGACUAUGACGACCGGAUAUAUCCUCGAGCAAGUUCCAGGCUGGGUCCCCGCCACCAAGCCAACGUCAACGUGUGGCAUGGGCGCCCAGUCGAAUUGGUGAAGCCUGCGGAGAUCAAACGGAAAUACCUAAAACACGCCCACCACAUCAAAGGUGGUAAAGGGUCGAAGGAUACUGGGACCGAUACCGAUAGAGAUCAGAAACUGAAACGCCCUAAGUGGGUGAUUGACGAACCGAUCGGCUAUAUCCCUCGAGGGCAAGAUGAGCCGGUCGAAAUCAAGGGCAAAAAGGAACAUACAGCCCAACUGCUUUUCAAGAUGCCAGAACCAGGAGAGUUGUCAGAAAGAGGCGGUGAUGACGCCACAGAACCAAUGGAUGCAGAACAUUUGGUGGAUGACUACAUGGCGAAGGUCAAACCAAUUGCAGCCAAGUACAACCUGCUCGAUUCAUCUGUUGACUUUCUCACCAAAGCAAUCGAGAAGCUCCAAGAGAAUAACUACAAUGUCGAGAAAGCGUUAAAGGCCAUGGCGGAACUCAGCGUAAGGGGUGACUUGAAACAACCCGAGCUCUCCCGUGAUGAAAUCAAGCGGUUUGAAGAAGGUGUGGCUAAAUAUGGAAGUGAGCUUCAUGCCGUUACUCGUCAUGUUGGGAAUGUCAAGGAAUCUCGGAUUGUACGCUUCUACUAUAUGUGGAAGAAGACCGACAGGGGCCGACAGAUCUGGGGCAAUUUCGAGGGGCGUCGUUCGAAGAAGGAAUCUAAACGAGCGGACAAAGAGGGCAACGUGCCCAAACUCCUGGACGAUGUUGCCGAUGACCAGGAUGAUUCUGCCUUCGAUGAUGAGAAGGCAGUGCAAAAGAAACGAGGCUUUGUGUGCAAAUUUUGUGGGACUCACCAUUCACGACAAUGGCGCCGUGCCCCGGGGGCCCCCCCUGGCACAUUGGUACCCAAGGAUCCCUCUGCGAAAAACAACAAAGACAAGAGUGGAUGGCUCACUCUGGCGCUAUGUGGCCGAUGUGCCUAUCUUUGGCGCAAAUAUGCCGUCCAGUACGAGGACAUAGAGGAAAUCUCAAAGAAGAUCGCAUCUUCAGGGAGCCGCGCAGCUAAACGGAAGGUGGAUGAAGAACUCUUGCGUCUUAUCCUUGAAGCGCAUCAAAUGUCGGGCGAUCCCAUUCCACCACGGGCUGUGGAUGAGGUCAAUAAGGCUGGCCUGGAAGUUCCGCAGAACAUCAUACAACCAGAGGAACCUCCUAAGAAGAAGGGCAAGCUCGACAAGGAUGCCACACAAUCCACUCCCGAUGUCAUACCCGAGAAGAAGAAGGCGCCUGAAAAGCCACCCGAACCCGCCGCGAUCGAGCCGGAUCCCCCAAGGGUCAAGGUUCACCCCUGUGCCGUAUGUCGGGUUAUCGACGCUCCUGGCCUCGAAUUACUCAAGUGUCGUGAUUGUAGGCUUCAUGUACAUGGCGCAUGCUAUGGGGUCGGGAAAAAGACAAACACCAAACCAUGGUUCUGCGACAUGUGCAGAAAUGACCACAACUUGCAAGUCUCAACAACCUACGAAUGCGUUCUCUGUCCUGUAAAGUACACAGCUCAGGAGCUGAUGGAGCCUCUGAGAUCGACCCAUAAGAAGAAGAGCGAUCGGGAACGUGAAAAGGAACGUAUCGAACGAGAGAUCAUACAAGAAGCCAGCCGCAGGUGGCGGAUGGAACAAGAAGCAGCAGGGCGUCCUGUCAACCCUCGUGAAGCUCUCAAGAGGACGGCUUGGAACAACUGGAUUCACAUCACUUGCGCCCUCUGGACUAAAGAGAUUAAAUUUGGCAACUCGGAACUGCUUGACGAUGCAGAAGGUGUGGGUUUCAUUCCUCCCGAUCGAUUUGAGCCGCCUUGCAAGCUAUGCAAAGUACCUGGCAUGCCUACGGUGAAAUGUCACAUGCCCAGUUGCAAUGCCUACUUCCACGUCGGCUGCGCACAUCAAGCAGAAUACAUUUUUGGCUUCGACGUGCAACCGGUCAAGAGCAGCAGACGCGACACGGCCAAUAUCAUGAAAUUGGGUUCGGAAACUGGUAUUGUUACUGCGGCGAUCUGGUGCCCGUCUCAUGUUCCUACCACUUGGGUGCACAAGAUGCUCGAACCGACAGAUGCAGGGUUGACGGCCAUGCAGUUGUUCGCCCGUACCUAUAAGCAGGUGGACAAUUCUGUUACCGGAACCGUCCGACGCGCUGCGCAAUUUGCCACUAAUUUUGCGAGCUCUGCGCCAGCGGUCCAGCCUCCUCAGCGGCGGGAAAGUAUUGUCAACGGGACACCGAACGGCAUCAUCACUCAUACCGAGAGAAAUGGGGUUACAAGCCUUCGAGGAUCGCCAGCACCCGCUGGCGCUACAGAGUCCCAGGUAGACUCAGACGCAGCACCAGCUGAAGUACCGGCAAAUGAAAGCUCAAGGACACGAAGCAGCGGUCAGAGGAAAUGCUGUUCUUGUUUGGUUGAUGUCAGCCCUAGAUGGUGGCCACUUCAACAAGAACGAUCCCAAGCCCCUAACGGCACACCAAUGGACUUCACGACAGACCAAGCUCACGUGAAUGGUGCCCGAGAUGCUGUUGUAACCAACGGCGCCAUCAAAGCUGAACCGGCUGAUGGCGCGACUUCCGCAGCAAUCGCUGGCGGCAAGGACCGCACUAUGUAUCAGUGUCACAAGUGCCAUGUCCUCAAGCGAACUCCCCCUUCGUCGCCGUCGCAAGUGAAGCUUCGUGAAAAGCCUGUCCCGCUCGAUCCAACGCCACCAGAGCCAUUCAAACGUCAGUCACCGUUCCCUCCUGCUCCUCCGAGUAUCUAUGGAUUGAACAGACCGCCGAUCGAAGGAGCACCGCAUUCUCAUCCUCACCCCCUUCCUGGUCCAGCAUCCCAUUAUCCGCCGUGGCAGAGCGCUCCUCCCCCGCAAUGGUCCUCGCCGGGAGUACGAGUAGCCCGUCACCCUUCUCCUCCAGCUCCGCCACUUUAUGGUCAACCUUUGUACCGGCCGCCUCCCCCUCCACCUCCGGCAGCUCCACCGCCACCUACAGGUCCCGAAUACAAUCAAUCGCCCUACGGUCGGCCAGCGCACCCCUCGCCAUAUACCAGCGUACCACCUCCCCCACCAUCUGUUCCAGGUCUGGUGCCUCAGCAUUCCCCGCCUCCUGCGCCUGCUUAUGGUCAUCACCCCCCACCGCCGCCUCCUCAUCAUUCUCAUCAUGCUCAUCACACCAUUCCACCUCCUACGGCUCCAUCACAAGUGUCACGUCCUCCAUCACCCCCACGAUUCAGCUCCGACCGACCUCCUAUUCCUCCACCUCACCUUGGACUAGGACCUUCGAGUCUAUUGUCGCGGGGAUACCCUGAACCAAGCCGUCAAUCAACUCUCGAUUCGCCUGUGAAUGGAUACGCGGCUCCUCAUUCGACUGCUCCGAGAAUGUUUGCCCAAGGUCCCCCACCCCCCGUGCCGCCUCCAGUCAUGAGACAGUCCCCGUCAGCACAAUCCCUGGCGCAAAUUGCCCAGGCGGCCGGAGAUCAGUCAGUGGGAAGACCACACUCUAGACAGGCGAGUGUUGAGAUGACCAACACACCGCGGUUUGGACCUAGACCGGUCACCGGGAGCCCCCAACAAAGACCACUUACCCCCUCUGCGCCGCCUGCUUUCACCAGAGACGAUAGGAGAGAUAAUCUGGGAGCGAGUGCGAGUCCAAGUGUGAAGAAUCUGCUUUCAUAG